ACAUCAGUUUCAAGUGCCUCCGAAAGCGGACUCUCCCGUGAUUUUCCUUUUCUCAGAGAGUGCAAUAACUGUUGUCAAGUGCAAGAAGGAAGAGACAGAAGGUUGGGGGGCUGUCCUGAGCAAACAGCAUGAUUUACCAGAACAGCGGAUCAAAUCGUGAAUUGAGUUUGGUGGAGCAGAAGAAGCGCCAGUGGCAGAAGGAACGCGAAGAGAUGGCGAAGCUUGGAGAAUUCCCGAUAAAGAUAGAAUCCCUGUCGAGCACAAAGUAUGAGAAGACUAGCAUACGAACCUUCUAUGCCAGUAACAUGGAUCUUUCGGACAAUUAUCCUGGGAAAUUUCGCAAAAAUCCCUCUGACCGUGGAUCCAUUUACGAGGGGGACAAUCGGAGACUCAGAAGCCCAAGUUUACCACCAAUUGGAAGGCACAAGUAUCCAGGAAGUGUCAUCCGGCAGAGUACCACGGAAGAUGACACGGGGUACACGAGUGGAUCUCCGCAGCAUUCGGACAGCAGUGGAGCGGAAGUGUGGACAAAUACUGAGCCCCAGAAAGUGGCUUAUGUCAGUAAGCCAUCGAAUCUGCAUCUUCCGGGAGGUGAUUUUGCCUCCUCCAAAGAUGCUGAAGACACCUUCUCGGACACAACGACAAAGAGUCAUCUGGAACGCGAAAGCCAAGGGCACAAAAUGUCCCCGGACAGCUUGGAUCUGGAGCACGAAACGGACUUUUCCAAGUCACUCAGCACUCCAUCAUCGUCAUCCUCAGGAGGUCAGUCUUUUGCCUCCUUUCAGGCACCUGACUUCGGGGGUUACCACAAAGUGAAGGAGGAGCGCGCAAAGUGGGGAGAUCGUGGAGUGACUGUUGGGCAUCUCUAUGACCCAAUUGCGAGAGUGGAGAUGGAAAAGUCAGCGAGGAAUGUUCCAGUGUGGUUGGAGAAGGGACUUCAUGAGAUGCGAGACAGCGAGGAUGAAUCCGUUAGAUCCUUCAUCCUAGGCCAAAAUACCCCAAUUGAUCCUCAAGUUCUGGAGGAAAGGGCAAACCGACGCCGGAAGGCUAUGGAGCUGCAGGAAGCCAUCAAGGAGCAGCUGAAGGAGCGCGAGCGUCAGAAGAAAUGGGAAAAGGAACGAAGGUUGCGAGAAGAACGCCUUGAGGAAGAGCGAAUGAUGCGCCAGAUGGAAAUGGAGAGGGCACGCUUUGAGUAUGAGCAGAGGCUGCAGCAGGAAAAGCUAGAGAAGGAGCGGAAAAAGCACGAAAUGAUGCGUAGGGCCAUUGUCAAGGCUGAAAUGGAUGCUAAAGUUGAAAAGGAUCGAAGGAAGCACAAGGUUUUCCAUCGGGAGCCUUCUCCUCCUCCUGCGAGGGAGAAGGAAGAAGCCCCUGCAGACGAAGUGGAAGCGAAAGAAAUUCAGGAGGAGACAGUUUCAGCUGAAGAAAAAGUCCUAAUUGGGACACCGAUAAAGCUGAAGAAGCAAAUGAGUUCGCCGGAGGAGGUGAAGGGGGCGGAGGAGAAGCCUGAGCAGAAGGAAGUUCCGGAAAAGCCUGUGAUUGAGAAGAAUCGGCCAACAGAUAUCGAUGGAAUUGCUUUGGUGCUCCAAACCAUGACUCCAGUCGUACCAUUGCCGAUUGCAAGUGACCUCCUUGGAUUCAAUGCCACUGUGAAUAAUCUUCAGCUGGCACUCCUCCUGGCUGCUCAGCAGCAACGCCAGGGAGCCCAGGAUGGUCUUGGAGGGCCUGAGAAGAUUUCCAUGAGGGAGAGUCAUAAUAGAGAAUGCAGCUAUUGCUGCAAAAUCCACGGGAAUCCUUCGAUUUCUCCAGGUCUGAUCGCAGCAACAGAGGAAGUGCCGAAGGAAGAGAAUUUGAAGGAAGAUCUCGCUCUGGCUGUUCCGGAAGCUCCGCCAAAUUUGCCGCGAGAUGGUACCUUUACGAAGGAAAAAGAAUCACAGCUGAAUGUCACAGAGGUGAAGAUUGACGUGGCCACGAGCACAACUGCUGACUCUGCAUCUUCCGGGGAGGAGUCAUCGAGUGAGAAAACUCUAACUCCUCGGAAAUAUAGAACGGAUUCGUCUUCGUCAGUUGAUGUGGCUGUUCAGACGGAGAUCACGCCGAAGAUGUGCAAUCUCUGCUGUCACCACAAACUCUACCUCCAGGAGAUCUCAACAGUCACAACAUCCGUCACGCAGACGUCAAAAAACAAAGUCCUGGGCGAACGGAAGGCUCCCCCGGAGGACGAAAAUGCCUCAACUGGGAGAAAUGUGGAGAAUGAGACCAUAACAACGACCACAACGACCAAAACGAUGAUCCGCUCGAAGCCAGGGAAGACGAAGAAAGCUGAACCAAGGCCCAAAUGGGGAGUCAAUCGUCCACUGAUGCAGUACAUCAAGGCCAGCGAGAGGGAUCCCUUCUGCCUGCGUCAGCGCCGGAAAAAGUAUCAACAGAGGAGUUUUAUUGUGAAGCCUGAGGAAUCACCUAAGAAUCACCGAAAUGUCUGCACGGAGAUUCUGCCCAUUAAGACAGAUUCCAAUGGGAGGAUUUUCCUGAACUUCAACGAGGCCAGUUUGGUGAUGAAGGAGGAUCCUGUGAUGCAGAAUGCCACUAAAAUCCGUGAGAGGAUCAUGGACAAACGCGGGGAGGAUUGUGCAUCAGACAAAGACAGCAAGGACUUCUCCAAUUUGGCCAUUGUCAAGGCUUCAAGUGCCAGGAGGCAGAGUAGCUUUGAAGAUGUCGACACGGAAGAAAGCACUUCAGAAAUAUCCAGCAAAAGUAGGGACUGAAUCACUUGGAAGUCACAGUAAUUGCACAGAAACUUCCGGAAGGGAAGUUUUGGUAAGGAAAAAUUUACAUAUUACCCAUUGUCAAUGCUCAUUCUUGAAUAAAUAUGCUUCAAAAAAGUCCACAAA